AUGACGAGAGUGUGUGAAAGGAUACCGGACCCUUUGCUAAUAUAUUCUUUUCCUCUAAUUGCAGGUCCCUUGACGGAGGUGUGGGGCGUUGUGGGGGGAAAGGUGCUCCUGCCGUGUGACAUGAACCCUCCCCUGCAGAACGACUCCACCCACCUCGUCCUCUUUUACCACGGAGCCCUUGGGACGCCCAUCUACAGCCUCGACUCCCGCGGCAAGAGCCUGGAGCACGCGAGCCACUGGGCGGAGCAGGACCUGGGCCACCGGGCGGUCAUGAGGGUGAACCGCAAGCAGCACGGGCUCCUCCUCGAGGACAUCCAGCUCAAGGACCAGGGCAUGUACCGGUGCCGCGUGGACUUCGUCGAGAGCCCCACCAGGAACGUGAGGGUGCGCCUCAGGGUCGUCGGUGAGUGGACGCCUCGGCCGACGGAGGCGGGUUUCGUCUGGCCGCGUUUGUAG